AUGCAGAAUGUUUGUGUAUUCAAAAUGAAGCGAUCAAAUGUUACGUUUUAUGAUAUCAACGAAUGGCUUGUAUCCAACAAGAAAACACUUGUCUUUGUAAACGAUGACAACGAAAAUAGCGACAUUCCAGUUGGCAAAGAAACACGCGAGUUGUUGUGUGUUGGAAACAAGUCAAAAAAUACAAUUAAAAUUCAGUUUAGUGUUUUAAAAGGAUGUGAAAAUUACAACAUCAGAACAGAGCCAAGUUUGGUAAAUUUAAAAAGUGGAGAAGCAUGUGAAUUUGAGAUGUUUUUAACACCAAUUUGUUCUUGCAACAUCAAUGAUAAAAUUGUAUGUGUUGGUCUUGAUAUUCAAAAAGGUUUACAAAUGAUCCAACAAAUACCAAUAAGUGCAAAAACACAGAUGACAACGCAUAUUGAUUAUCACGAGUUACAGGAGGAAAAACGACUUGGUGAAGGCUCGUUUGGAAUUGUGUAUUUAGGUGAAUUCAGAGGAUACAAAGUUGCAAUUAAGAAAAUAAAAGAGGGGUGCAAUGACGAAAUUAAAAUUAAAGAAUUUGAAAAGGAAGUGAAUAUGUUGGACAAAUUUAGAAGUGACUAUUUAGUCCACUUCUAUGGCGCUGUGUUUAUACCAAACAAGAUAUGUAUGGUCACAGAAUUUGCUCAAUUUGGCAGUUUGAACGACUUGAUAAAGAACAAUAAUAAAAUAACAAUACAAAAUGAAAUUAAAAUUAAAUUCAUGAAAGAUAUGGCAAAUGGGUUGCUUUACUUACACACAAACGGGAUUGUACAUAGAGACAUCAAACCAGACAAUUUACUUGUGUUUUCACUUGAUAUUAAUGACAAAGUAAAUGCCAAACUAACAGAUUUUGGGAGUGCAAGAAAUAUCAAUUUGUUAAUGACAAACAUGACAUUCACCAAAGGUGUUGGAACACCGGUGUACAUGGCACCUGAGGUGUUGAAAAAAGAAAAGUACAAAAAGAGUGCAGACAUUUAUUCAUUUGGUGUCACUAUGUAUGAAACGUUGAAGUGGGGUGAAGUGUACGACAAAGAAUUCUUCAAGUUCCCAUGGAAAAUAGCAGAAUUUGUGAUUUCUAAUAAACGACUUGAGAGAAAUGAAAAUAUGAGUGACAGUCAAUAUGAAUUGAUACAAAAAUGUUGGAAUCAACAACCGGAAAAUAGACCAAAUAUCAAUGAAGUCGUUAAUUUUUUAAGAACAUAA